UCAGGAAUCAUGAGCUUUCACCAAAAACAUCCUCCCCCUCCCUCUGAAGGAGUCGCUGCGCCCUCCUGUGGUGACAGGCAGAAGUUACAGGCGUGGGUUAACACGCAUGUGUGUUGAGCAAGGUGAGUGUGUGUGAGUGUGUGUGCUUGGGUGUGAACGGGGUGACGAAUUCAGAAAGGCACAGAGAAAAAAAAGAAGAAAACUCCCCUGAACACUGAAAACCUGAGCGAGCAGGAACAGGCAGCUCAUUCGUCCAGGUCACACUGAACAACAUGGACACAGACAAGAAAACCUCGACUCUGAGAGAAGGAUUCCUGGUGAAGAGGGGUCACAUUGUGCACAACUGGAAGGCGCGCUGGUUUGUGUUGAUGCCAGACAAGCUGCUGUAUUACAAGUACGAGGGAGGGAAAAGAGACUCAUGUCAGCGAGGGAAGAUCCUGCUGAAGGACUGUGUGCUGACUUGUCCUUUUCUGGACUGUGAAAAUCGGCCGCUGGUGUUUAAGCUCCAGACAGUAAACGGAGUGGAUCAUUUCCUGGAGGCUUGUUCCCGAGAGGAGCGAGACGAGUGGGCAGCUGACAUCACGGCUGCCGUCGACCGGCUGCGGGCGGCUGAUGGUGGGAAGAUGACGAACCAGGAAGAGCCUGAUGGUUCCCAGUUACACAACAUUGAUCUCAGCAAAGUGUUGGACUCCAUGUACGACGUCCACAGUGGAAUGAAGAUGAGCACUCACGUGGAGCAGGGCAGCAGCUACAGCAACUGUUUCUCAGGUUCAGCCGUGGUGGACUGGCUGGUGUUCAUGCAGCUGGUUCUGACCCGUGUGGAGGCCGUGACGCUGGCCUCGGCCCUGCUGGAGGAGGGUUUCCUGCGCACCGUCGGCCUGAAGAGCGUGGAGGCCCUGCGCACCGCCGGGCUCAGCGAGCAGUUCAUGGACGACUCCACCGCUCUGUACAGCUUCUCUGAAAACUUAAAGAAGAGAGGCAGCGUGAAGGCGGAGACGUCGCUGUCUGCAGUGGAGCUGAGUGGGAAAGUGAUAAAGAGAGGAUUUCUGCUGAAACAGGGACACAGGAGGAAGAACUGGAAGGUGCGACUGUUUGUGCUGCGUUCAGAACCUGCGUUCCUUCACUACUACGAUCCCACCAAGGAUGACCUCAGCCCGGCGGGCGGCUUCUCACUGCGCAGCUGUCUGGUGUCUUCUCUGGACGAUAACGGCGUUCCCUCAGGUGUGAAAGGAAACAUUCAGGGAAACCUGUUUAAAAUCAUCACUCACUCAGACACACAUUACUUCAUCCAGGCUCCGACGCAGCAGGAGAAGAUGGACUGGAUCGACGCCAUCAGAGAGCAGACGUGAAGCAGCAGCUUCCUGUUCUGAAGGAGAGUCCAUUUACACAUUCCAUGAAUGUUCUGUAGCAACAGGGAGGGAGCGUGAGAUCUAAAUGAACGUGGCAACGGUUACGUAACAUUCCUGAUUCUGUAUUUUAAAGUUUCUACGAGGAUGAUUUGAGGCUUUUAAAAACUGUAGCAUUUCUCUUGUGACAUAUUCAGUUCAAUGUAAAUGGUUUUUUUUUUUAUGUGUUUUACAUGAUUUCUGUAACAUUAAAUAUAAACAUAAACAGCUUGAUACGCUUCCACACUCCAGUGCUGCAGAAAUCAUUUACUCCAGUGCUGAGCUACGGCUUCGAGGUGCUUGCUACUUCUGACGGUGAAAAUAACUCGUUCAUUUUCAGAUGAAGUGAUUCUGAUUUAUAUCUGACAGAAUAAAAUACAAUGUUAAUAAUCAAAUUAGUGGUUCGCACCUUUUUUUUUUAUUUUUACGAAAAGCAACAUGUGGUCCUCUGUCGACUCUUAGAUUUCUGUUUCCUCUAAACUUCAAAAAUGUUUUUAUUUCAGUAAGAAUUUGAGAACCAGGUUUGUACAGUUAUUCAAUAUUUCAAAAACAAUAUUUCACAUAUUUCUGCAGCAGAACUUUUUCUUGUUUCCUGCCCCGUCAAUUAUCUCAGGGGUGGAGUAUUUUCACUGGGUUUAUAGGGUACUUUUAUCUUUAAGUAAAGGAUCUGAUAGCAAGAGGAAGUGCAAGUACAGACAAGAAACGCCUGAGGAGGAGGUUGUCAGAGUCAUGGGGUUUGAGUGCAGGCCGGCUGCUGGAGGCGCUCCCUGCAAUAACAGACUGACACUCCCACUCAGCAAGCUGAGUCCAGCCUUUAUCUGAGUG